AUGACUGAUUUACUUUUAUUCUAUUCUGUUCCCAGGUCUUCAAUAAAGAGGAUAGUCCAGUCAGCCAUACGCGAAGACGUGACUGACGUGAUCAUAGUGAACGAGAACCAGAAGCAGCCCAACGGGUUCCUCCUCAUCCACCUCCCCGACGGACCGACCGCCCACUUCAGGCUGUCCAGCUGCAAGAUCACCCCGGAGCUCAGGAAGGACUAUAAGGAGAUCACCACACAUCGGCCGGAGGUGAUCCUGAACAACUUCAGCACGCGGCUCGGCAUGACCGUGGGGCGCAUGCUGGGCGCGCUGUUCCACCACGAGCCGGAGUUCCGCGGCCGCCGCGCCGUCACCUUCCACAACCAGCGGGACUACAUAUUCUUCAGGCACCACAGGUACGAAUUCACAAAGGACGGCAAGCGAGCGCGGCUCUGCGAGCUCGGGCCGCGCUUCACGCUGCGCCUGAUAUCGCUGCAGCAGGGCACCUUCGACUCCAAGAAGGGAGACUACGAGUGGAUAAUCGCCGGCCGGAGACACCAGCUCGAGACCUCCAGGAGGAGGUUCUUCCUUUAGUUCGUGAUACGUGUUCCGGUGUGGAAAGUUUUAGUAGGCUUCAAAAGGCCGCAGAUUGCCUCUUGUGUGAUGCUUCGGCCGCAGAUUGGACGCGAGCGGCAAAUAUAGGCCGUUCAUACAUUUGGUCGAGCGCAAUGUAUGAGAGGGCUUGGUUUGCCGAACGCCGCGCGUGCGUCCAGUCUGCGGCCUCACACAGGCGGGUCAAUGUACGAAAUUAUUCGUGGUUAGCGUCCUUACUUUAGUAAUACCAUUCUGUUGGUGAAUUCAAAUUGUUGUAAGAUAAGAGACUCGUGUUAUACCUAGUAUAUUUAAGGUUAUUUUUAAAUAUAAAUACGGAAACUAAUGAUACCAGAA